AGUAACGACCUAAACAUGCGCUGAUAGUAGUGUAGAGACGUAACUUGUGGUGGGUUCUUAUUACACGUUUUAAAUCCAGCUGUGUCGCUGGUUUAAUUGCUACAGUUAGCUUCCUCCCGUCAACAUGGAUCGGUAUCAUGUUCUAGAGCUGGUGGGAGAGGGUUCAUUCGGUCGAGUUUUCAAGGGAAGGAGAGGCUUCGGUGGUCAGGUGGUGGCUCUGAAGUUCAUGCCAAAGGUGGGUCGCUCUGAAAAGGAAUUGCGAAGCCUCAAGAGGGAGAUUGAAAUUAUGAGAGGUCUGGAACAUCCAAACAUCGUCCAACUCUAUGACAGCUUUGAGACUGAAACGGAGGUUGUCGUUGUAACUGAGUAUGCAGAGGGUCAGUUGUUCCAGAUUCUUGAGGAUGAUGGGAAGUUACCAGAAAGCCAGGUCAGAGAGAUUGCGUGCCAGCUGGUCUCAGCCCUGUAUUAUUUACACUCGCAUCGGAUUCUUCAUCGUGACAUGAAACCACAAAAUAUACUCUUGGGGAAAAGUGGGGUGGUGAAACUGUGUGACUUUGGGUUUGCCAGGGCCAUGAGUGUCUCCACAUUAGUGCUGACGUCUAUCAAAGGAACACCGCUGUACAUGUCUCCUGAGCUGGUGGAGGAAAAGCCAUAUGACCACACAGCUGAUCUGUGGUCUUUAGGCUGCAUCCUGUAUGAGCUCCACACGGGGAUGCCUCCUUUCUACACCAACUCCAUCUUCCACCUUGUUCAACUCAUUGUGGGAGAAGCAGUAAAAUGGCCAGACAUGAUGAGUGACACCUGCAUGAGUUUCCUGAAAGGUUUGCUAAUGAAAGACCCUCAGAAACGGUUGUCAUGGCCCAACCUCUUGCACCAUCCCUUUGUUGCUGAUGGUGUUCUAGCUUUUUCAGACCCAGGUGUUUUCAGCCCUCUGACGGUCACACCCAGCCCAGACAUGAUGACACAGAAACUUCAGCAAGUGGCAGAGAAGACAGUAACGGCUUCUGGAGGGAGUCGAUUACUGCAAAAGGCCAGGGAACUGAGCAACAACAGCAGCAGAGGGAAACCAGCAGAUCGUGCCAAUGCAACAAUUACAAAGGGUAGAAGGGGAAAUCAAAGGGUCCACACAGCGACUGCAGCAACACACCAGACAGCCAAGCCCCACCACAGUGAUGGCUCUGUCACCUCAGAGCAGUCGGUCAUGGCAGCCGAUCAAAUCCUUAGCUCCAAGAUUCAACCCUGCAUGAGAUCAAAACACAGCAGGGGUCAGAUCAGCAGAGACUACGAAAAGCAGUUCCCUUCUGUUGGAGCUGGCCCGCGACUGCUAAGGCAAUCCACUGACAAAUACCAACAAACCACAGUGCUCCAGCAGAAUGUUGACAGUGUGGAGUAUUGGAAAGAACUGGUCCAGGAAUCUGAUCCAUUCAAAGAGAAGAAAGAGCAGUUCAAUUACACUGCUAUUAUACCUUUACUUAAAGUCAAGCUACUGGCACUUCAGCUAACCGCUGUUGAAGAAGCAUGGCACAUCCACCAACCACUCAAAGUCUUACGCAACCUACUUCUGAACUCUGACCAUGAGAAGACAAACCACAUUGGUCGUGAACUCUGUUUACCCCAUGUCCUCUUGGAUCAGGUCCAUGAUAAUGUGGAAAACUCCAACUACAUCAAGCAUCCCUGGAUUGUGUCAGCACUGGGUGAAAUGAUUAUAGUGCUCAUGAUCUACUGGGAUAAGCAUCCUGAUAGUUUGAAAGAAAAUCAGAGACUGAGAGAAGAAUUCACCAAACCCUUCGUCUUCAUUCUUUGUGAACCAGACCUCAUCCCUUUGGCACCGUUAGCUGCCUCUGUUUUGUCUCUGUGUACACAACACGAUGUGGAUGUCGGCGCAGAUAUGAUCAGUGUCUCAUCAGUGAUGAAAAACCUUCUGUUGGACUUGUUUAAGCCCCAGCUUUCUCUUCCCUAUGGGUGGGGCCUCUUUGAUGGUCUCCUGUCUUUGCUCCUAAACCUGCUCACUAAGCAUGAUGGUGAGUUUGAAGGUUCCAGUUUAGAUCCUGAUGUGUUUCUGAAUUUGUGGAAGAAAAUUGGGACUUUACUAGCAAAGACAACAACAGACACAGACUUCUGUUCUGCAAAAGGUCUGUUUUCCUUUCUGUCCAUUGCACUGUUCGUCUUCACCAAGGAUCCUUACUCAUGCAUUCCUCUGUUUUCUGUGAGUGAAUCAAAAUGUGUAUACACUCUUGGCCGGCUGCUGGACACUGACUGUCUUCAUCCAUUCAUUGAAGGUAGUCCCCUGUGGUUGGAGGUGGAUCAGAAUCACCACAGACUCGCUAUGAUGAGCUGCCAAUUGCUGUGCUUUCCAUUUGCUCUGGAUCUGCCUCUGCAUGCUAUGUCCACCAUUCUCCAGUUGUAUGAUAGUUGUGGAAUUGUGGAACGCCUUGUGCAGUUUUUGAUGUUCGUCUCUUGGCAGGUAAUUCAGACCAUUCCUGUUCUCCAGCUGGAGCUGCCUCUCUCCCUGCUGAGCCAUUUGCUCCUGUGUGACUCUGAGCCCUCUGUUUGCAGCCUCAGAAAAGCUGCUUGUGUGUUUUUCACACCACGCAGAGACAGCCUCAUCAGUGCUUCUAAACACCAGACUCCGGCAACUAGAACUGCAAACUCUCUGCUCUUCGACUUGCUGCAACUUGAUGUGCUGUGGGAUUCUGCUGCCGAGCUUUUAACUCUGUGGUCUCAUGUUGCCCGUUGUUCUACCCAGCCUGUCUGCCCUCAGUUCCACUUUGAAGCCUCACUGCUACACCAGGCACUGGCUCACACUCAUGACCAGAUCAGGGCUGGCACAUGCAGGCUUCUUGGAAAUCUGGAUCCAUUCGGGCCUUCUACAUCACUGCAACCUGAUAUUUUAAGAAGCAUAACAGUCUGUCUUCAUGAUUCCUACCUUUCAGUGCGUCGGAUGGCCUGCAGGGCAGUUGGGAACUGGUUAGGAUAUAUUGCAGUAUGGGCUGGGUUUAAAAUGGGCUGGUCCAAUACAAGGUGGAGUAAAAAACUUGAGGUUUCACACAGUGAAGCCUCUGCAGCAGAACAGGGAGUAGAUGAUGAGGAAAGGAGUAGGUGGAUAGAUGAAGCCAGUAGGACAGCGGCCACACUGUUGUCUCUGGUGACUGACCCUGAUGACAUUACACGCUGUCACAGUUGUGCAGCCCUGGGAAACUUGGUAUGUGUUGAUGGUGCCGUGUCAUUUUUGGUGGAGGAGGAGGUGUUCACCUUACUUCUGAGAGUUGCAUGCACAGAUUCCCAUAAUGCAGUGAGAAAAGCUGCCAUAUCAACCCUGUCCAUCUGCAGCAAGCAGGAUACAAUAGGUCAUGUCAUGAAAUGAACAGGUUCCAGGAAGAAAGACAUUUCUGUCCUGAGGAUUUAUCCAGAAGCAUUCUCUAGUAAGAGGCAGAUUAGAUAUUUAUGUGGAGGAUAAAUCACUUAACCUUGCUUUAGACGUCUCUACAACUUUGUCCCUGAUCUGUCUAAUGCUCCUUGGUCUUCAUGAUUCUGUUGGUUUGGUAAUGUUCUCUACCAAUCAGAGGCCUUCACAGAACAGGUGUAUGUAUUCUGAGAUUAAAUUGUAUGAUGGACUCCAUUUUCUAGUUAUGUGAUUUAAGGCAAUUAGUUGGAUUGGAUUUUACUUAAGGGUUUCACAGUAAAGGGGGUUGAAUACUUAAGCAUAACCCUUUUCAGAUUUAUAUUUGUAAAUCAUUUUGAAAACCAUGUAAUGUGUCCUUCCCACUUGAAAAGGAUGUACUAUUUUAUGUUGGUCUGUCAAAAAAAAUCUCAUUAAAAAAAUAAAUAAAAAUGUGGUUGUCAUG